UGCAGGGAUGCUCGGCUGGGAGGUAGGUGACUGAAGGGCGGGCAUGGAGGGGAGAGGACCCUACCGCAUCUACGACCCUGGCGGAGGGACGGAGGAGGAUGGAUCCACGGCCUUUGAGCGGCUGGUGGAGGAGAAUGCCCGGCUGAAGGAGAAGAUGCAGGGGAUCAAGUCCAUUGGAGAGCUGCUGGAGGAGUCCCAGGUGGAGGCAUCCAAGCUGCGGCAGAAGGCGGAGGACCUCGUGAAGGACAACAAAAUGCUGAUAGCAUCAUCUGCCUUGGAGGACCUGCUGGUAACCGGAGCUGUCGGCCCAGAUCCCAGCUCCACACGUGUCACCCCGGGCAGCACUCAGCCGGACACAGAAGCACGGAAAUCUCCUCCAAGCGGAUCCUCCUCGGAGUUUGAGAUCGUUGCUGUUGAAGCGCAGGGGUUUCCCCAGGAGAGCGGUAGAGCGGACUUGGAGCAGCCGCCGAACGAAGACACCAACCUGCUGCCGCAGCUGCAGCAGCUGGAGAGCACGCUGAGCGGCUGCGCCAAGGAGGCCAGCAAGGACCAAGUCUUCAUGCGGAUGGGCUACAUGGCCUCCGAGCUCAAGCGCCUGGCUUCCAAGGGGCACAAGAACGAGCAGAGAACAUCGUUCCUGCAGACGCUGUGUGAGACGCUGCACAGCGAGAACAAGGAGCUGCGUACCAAACUGGAGCGGGACCUGGAGCAGAGGAACCAGGCACUGGAAAAGCUCAGGUGUGAGAAUCAGGAGCUCCGGAGGAUGCUGCUGGAGGUAAACAAGCAAUGGGAUCAGCACUUCCGAGCCACGAAGCAGAAGUACGAGCAGAAGGUCACGGACCUGCACCAGGAGCUGGCCGAGGCCCGCAGGGCGCUGACGGAGCUGGAGGCGGAGCGGGAGCAGAAGCAACGGGAUUUCGACCGCAAGCUGCUCCUGGCCAAGUCCCGGAUUGAAACGGAGGAGGCGGAGAAGGAGAGGCUGGCCAUGGAGGUGAGGGACCUGCAGCAGAGGAUGCGGUUCCUGCAGGAGCAGCUGGCGCCAGUCACCAGGCAGCGGGAAUACCAGGAGAAGGAGAUUCAGAGGCUGAACAAGGCGCUCGAGGAGGCCCUGAACGUCCAGGCCUCCCCACCACCCAUCUUUGCCGGCACCAUGGACCCAGUGGGGCAGAUGCCACAGCAGGAGCUGCUGACGCAGAAUGAGCUCCUCAAGCAGCAGGUGAAAAUUUUUGAGGAGGACUUCCAGCGGGAGCGAAGUGACAGGGAGAGGAUGAACGAGGAGAAGGAAGAGCUGAAGCAGCAGCUGGAGAAGCUGCAGAAGCAGCUGGUUCUCUCCAGCAACCAGCUGCGGGCCUCCAAGGAUGACUGCCAGAGGGAGAAGGAGGAGAAAGAGAAGCUGAAGAAGCUGCUGAAACAGCACAAACAGCUCCGAACCCCGCCAGCAAUGCCGGGCGAGCACGCGCCAGGACAAAACUUCCACCACUUUCCCCCACCCGAGUACCCGUGGCGCCCACCCUGCGCCAUGGCCCGCAGCCAGAACGCCCAGGCGGCGGCCGGGGUGAAACCGGUCCCCAAGGACUUGGGCACGUCCUGGAUUGCCCUAACACCACGGACCGGCUGCGCUGCGAUACCGGCAGAAGAGUAG